GGCGAAAUAGCCUACAGCAUUAUAGUGUCUCGUUCUUAUUGGAGAUUGUCAAACCUGGCGUUACCAAGGACCGUGCAGCCAUCUGUUGCACUCCUUUGUGGAGAAUUCAAGCGAGCUACUAAAGAAGGAUAUGUGCAAGACUAGGGAAAUCCUUUUGAGAACCGCAAAUAAGUAUAAUAACUCCUAUGUAACCGUGUUUCCCAACCCGAUGUUUCCUUUGCAUUGCAAUCUUUAGCACCAACAAACAGACACAGUUCACACUGAGCCAGAAACACUUGACAAUAAGCUGGCGCCAAGGUACCAAAAAUGGUAGAGAAACAAGAUCUAACUACCACUCAUGAGGAAGGCGUUCACGGUGUUGGCGAAGAUACGACAUACGUCGUCCCUGGAUACGGCGAGACUGCAAAGCCUGAGGGUGCUAAGACUAAGAAAGUCUUCAACGCUUUACUCUAUGCCGCAAUCGAGGAGACAGAUAUCGAGCGAUGGAGCAAGACCUCAAUUCACCUGUACUUUGCCAUUUUCGUUUCCUUCUGUUGUGCCUGCGCCAAUGGCUAUGAUGGCUCACUUAUGGGAGCGGCGUUGGCCAUGAAAUAUUUUCAGAACACAUUUCAUACUGGUCUGUCAGGAGAGAAAGUCUCCGUGGUGACUGCACUAUAUACGGUUGGUUCUAUGGUUGCUGCACCACUAAGUGCCGUGGUAUCGGACAAACUGGGGCGGCGUAAAUGUAUGUUUGUUGGUGCAUGGGUGAUCAUUAUUGGUUCUAUCCUUGUCGCCAGUUCCCACUCUCUUGCGCAGUUCGUUGUAGGCCGCUGGGUCCUCGGCGUGGGUAUUCAAGUUAUGAUUGUCUCAGCCCCUGCAUACGCUGUUGAGAUAGCUCCACCUCACUGGCGUGGCCGUGCUGUGGGAUUUUACAACUGCGGCUGGUUUGGGGGCUCAAUUCCUGCUGCUGCGAUUACAUUUGGAACAAAUUAUAUCGACAGUAACUGGUCAUGGAGAAUACCUUUCAUUUGUCAAUGCUUCGCGUGUGUCAUUGUCAUAUUUGCUGUUUGGUUUAUUCCUGAAUCGCCUCGUUGGUUAAUGGCCCAUGACCGCCAUGAUGAGGCCGUUGCCUUCUUGGUAAAGUAUCACGGAAACGGCGACCCCAACGCCAGACUUGUACGUCUUGAAGUUGAGGAAAUGCGCGAAGGUAUUAGAAUUGAUGGCAUUGAUAAGAGAUGGUGGGACUACCGGCCAUUCAUCUUUAGCCACAGCGGUCGUUGGCGCUUUCUACAAGUAAUUAUGAUCUCUGUUUUUGGGCAGUGGUCUGGAAAUGGUCUUGGAUACUUUAACCCAACGAUAUAUGAGUCACUCGGUUAUACAUCAAGCUCCAUGCAACUAUUGUUGAAUUUGGUGAACUCUAUUGUGUCGGCCAUAGGGGCUCUUACUGCUGUGUACUUUACAGAUCGCAUGCCACGUCGUCCAGUUUUAGUCUGGGGCACCUUGGCCUGCGCAGUGACAAUGGCAAUCAACGCCGGUGUCUCUGAACCAUUGAUCUCCGAAAAGGCGACCACGGGAACUAUCAACAACACCUACGGCCAGGUAGCACUGGCAUUUUACUACCUCUUCAACGUAGUUUUCUCUUUUACGUAUACUCCACUGCAGGGUGUCAUUCCCGCCGAGGCCCUUGAAACAACAACUCGUGCCAAAGGUUUGGCUCUGUCUGGUUUUAUGGUCAACUGCAUUGGCUUUAUUAGCCAGUUUGCCUCGCCAAUUGGCUUGGCAAAUAUUUCCACGAAUUAUUUCUGGAUUUUCGUUGGUUGGGAUGUUUUCGAAGCGCUGUGUUGGUAUUUAUUUGGUGUGGAAGCCCAGGGUCGUACCCUUGAAGAAUUAGAGUGGAUCUAUCAGCAGCCAAACCCAGUCAAGGCGUCUCAGAACCUGGAUAGAGUUGUCGUUCAAUCGGAUGGCCGUGUGACGGAGAAAAUCGAUGAUGAGAAUUAA